AAGAUGUAGAACCAAGAAAACCAGCUUUAAUGAAUUCCAGGAAAAGCACCUAGGAUGUGAGGUCCAGGAUGACAUGGCUAGUCCCUGGCUAAGCACUGUCUAUUUGAAUUUUACUGCCUUAAAAACAAAGAAAAUAGAAACGUGUAGUUUCCUAGUAAUGUGAGUCCCUUUUGAAGGGUUCUGUAGCCUGUGGCAGCAGUCUUGAAAAAGAGAGGGGUGGUUCCUCUAAAGUCUCUUAUGGUCAGAGGUCCUGGGCAGGACCUCUUACUAACAGCAACACAUUGCUUGUCUACACCCAGUCCUAUAACAAGUCUGGGCCUUGGAUAGUAUACCACGGUACUCAUCAAGAAUGUAAGUGUCUGAACUCCAUCCUAAUUAGAACUCUGAAUGAAAGGAGUUGGGGUAUCAUCUGUGGUUCUAUACUAUUUAAAUGCUCAUAUUGAUGAACAGAGGGAUAAAAGAAGCACCGGGACAUUCCAGGGCAGUGUUUGGAUGGUAUGGCUAAGUUCACAACAUGGGAUGUACUAUGGGGCUCCCAAUGAAGCGAAGAGAACUAGGGUUUAGAAGGAGGAGGUGCUCAAUUGCUUCUUCUAUGUUCCUAAAGUGGCUCCAAGAAAGUGAACCUGGGAUUCUGGUCAGUUAAAGGAGAACCAAUUAGCAGGGUGGCAAAGGCUGUUCCCCAUGACAUCACCAGUCCCUUCUCUGGACAUUCUAUUGUAUCCUGGAGAGCUCAUGGCAUCCAGUGAUGUCACCAGUGUUGUAGCAACAUCAACUGCCUCAGGGCAUCCUUCAGUGCCUACAGGGUAAAGCAUAGACAUGCUGCUGGCAAGAUUGAGGGGUCUCCUUGGAAGAGAGAAUGGAGAACAUCCGUAGAACAGAGAGAGAUGGAAGGAGGCUGGCCUUGAGUCUCAGAGGAAAACAACCAAAAAGGGUUUCUGGGGAAGACACAAGGCUUCUAUGGAGCCCUCAUCCCACCCAACCCUCCUCACCAAGAAAGGGAUGAGGAAGGAGAUGCAGAGGCUGAACAUGGAGCUGCAGCUGGUGACAAGGGAGAGAAAUGAGCUGCGUGAUCAACUAUUCUUCAUCAGGAAAAGACCUGUGCACAAUAGGCCAAAUACUUGGUAUGAAGAUCUGAAGAUGGAGCAUGAGGAGGUCAUGACUGACCUACAGAGAUUGCAGAAUGAGAACACCGAGGCUUCAGAGAAGGUGGAUGAGCUUGCCAACCUGACAGUCUUCUAUCGUGGUCUGCACAGCCAGGUCCUAAUGGAACAUACUCAGCUUAAGGACCAGGUAGCCAUGCUGAGGCAGGAGAACCAGAAUCAGACAGAGGAUUGGAUCCUGCUGAAGCACCACUUGGAGGCAUUGAAAUUGAUGUGUGAGGGCCAAGAGGAAGAGACCAGUGACCUCCAAAACCAGCAACAACAGGUAGGGGCAGGUAGGUGGGACAGGCUAAGGUCUGGCACCAUUUGCCCAUUGGAUUCUCUGUCUGCCCAUCCACCACCUGUGCUUUCACCCAUCACCUUACUCAUGCACGCCCCCUUCCAGCCACCCACCUCGUGCCAUCUGAGAUAUUCACUUCAGUGUCCAUGCACAAGUACUUCUGGGAAGUUAGCCUCUUCUGAGAAACUAAAUUAUUGGCAAAACAUGCUUGCUGCUCUGCUUGAAACUGCGGUCCAAUGACAGAAAUGGGUCAAAAACAUAUCAAACCUUCA